AUGGUGGCAUUGGUAUCAACAUCGAAGACAAGGACGAAGCUAACAAGCGAAGAAGACGCUGCAAUUAUCCCCGAAGGAUGCGCCGCCACAGCCGCUACUCCCAAGGAAUGUCCCGUAUUGUGGGCGGUAUUGAGCGUCCUCACUGAGUACUUUUGUAUGCUCAUGCCUCCUUUUGCGAUGCAGAAAUUUUCACGUGUUUUCAAAGAUUCACGGGUUUGGGUGUUUCAACGUCACUCUGGUUAUGGUAAGAAAAAGGGUACAAGAGAGGUGAGGCAACCCACCAAGGUUCUCUGGAUGAAUAGACUGAGGGUGUUGAGGCGUUUCCUUCUCAACUACCGUGAGAAAAACAAGAUCGACAAGCACAUGUACCAUGACAUGUACAAGAAAGUGAAGGGUGGCGUGUUUAAGAACAAGCGCGUGCUUAUGGAGAGCAUCCACAAGUCCAAGGUUGAGCAGGCGAGAGAGAAGACACUCUCUGGCCAGUUUGAGGCCAAGCGUGUUAAGAACAAGGCUAGGAAGGAGAGAAAGUUUGCCAGAAAGAAGGAACGUUUAGCUAGAGGAGCCGGAGGUGGAGAGAUAGCUGUUGUGUCUUAA